UUCUUUCACAUGUGCCUUUUGUCAGUUUCUCUGCUUCACCAUUUCAAAUUCUCACUCAACACACCACAUUUCCCCCAAAAUAAUCGCUAUGAAAAUCCUCUCUCUCCUCUCUUCUCUCUCUACCUUUCUUGUUCUUCUUCUGCUCAACCCCUCAUUGCAAACCCUAGCAAAAGACCAACAAAAAUCAGAGCUUUCAACCCUCAUCAAAAUCAAAUCUUUUUUAGACCCAGAUGGAGAAACCCUUACUUCUUGGUCUCCAAAUGCCACCACUUACUGUGGUGGAUCUUUUGAGGGUGUUGCUUGUAAUGAAAUGGGUCAAGUGAUGAACAUUUCUCUUCAGGGUAAAGGCCUGUCUGGUCAAAUACCUCCUGAGAUUGGUCAGCUCAAAAACUUAUCUGGGUUGUACCUGCAUUUCAAUGGGUUACAUGGUGAAAUCCCUAAACAGAUUGCUGAGUUGACUCAACUCGCUGAUCUGUAUCUCAAUGUCAAUAAUCUUUCUGGUCAGAUUCCUCCAGAGAUUGAAAAAAUGGCUAAUCUUCAAGUUUUGCAACUAUGCUACAACCAACUGAGUGGAAGCUUACCAGCACAAUUUGGUUCUUUGAAGAAGCUCAGUGUUCUUGCUCUUCAAUACAACCAGCUAACCGGUGCAAUCCCGGCUGCACUUGGGAAUUUGGAGACUUUACAGAGGUUGGAUUUGAGCUUUAAUCGCCUUUUUGGCUCGAUCCCGACGAAGUUAGCAGAUGCCCCCAUAUUGCAGGUGUUGGAUGUGCGAAACAAUACACUUUCGGGCAAUGUCCCUUUAGUUUUGAAGAAACUGGAUGAUGGAUUUCAGUAUGCAAACAACACAGACUUAUGUGGAUCCGGUUUUGCGGAUCUAAAAGUCUGCAACUCUUCGUUUGGUCCUGAAAACACGAAUAAACCCGAACCGUUUGGAACGCAGUCAAAAGGAGCCACACCCAAGGCCAUUCCACAGUCCGCAGACGUAACGGGUCAGUCAAAGUCAAAGUCAACAAAUGCAGGACUUGCUGCUAUACUUGGAGCUGUUUUGACCGUUAUGUUACUAACCGGAGGAAUCUUUACGUUCAUUUGGUAUCGCCGGAGAAAACAGAGGAUAGGGACUGCCUUCGAAUCGUCAGAUAGUCGAAUUAGCACAGAUCAAUUUCAAGCUAAAGAAAUAGUCAGCCGUAGAAGUGCCUCCCCCCUCAUAAGUCUCGAGUACUCAAACGGGUGGGACCCGAUGUCGAAAAGUCACACGGGAAGCGGGAUCUUGAAAGAAAUUCUCGAGAGCUAUAUGUUCAAUGUCGAUGAUGUUGAGUCAGCGACAAGGUUCUUUUCUGACUCGAAUUUGCUAGGGAAAAGCAGUUUUUCAGCUACAUACAGAGGGAUUCUUCGAGACGGAUCUGUUGUCGCUAUUAAACGUAUUGCGAAAACGAGCUGCAUAUCGGAUGAGACCGACUUCUUGAAGGGAUUAAAGAUACUAAUCUCGUUGAAACAUGAAAAUCUUCUUAGGUUACGAGGUUUUUGUUGUUCCAAUGGUAGGGGAGAGUGUUUUUUGAUCUACGAUUACGUUGCUAAGGGAAACCUGUUGCGGUAUCUUGAUGUCAAGGGCAAAACCGGAAACGGGAAUGUUCUCGAUUGGUCGACUCGGUUCUCGAUAAUCAAAGGCAUUGCUAAAGGUAUCGAGUACCUGCAUGAGACCAAAGGAAAGAGACCGGCUCUCGUUCAUCAAAACAUAUCGGCCGAAAAAGUGCUAAUCGAUCAACACUAUAAGCCAUUGCUCUCGGGUUCGGGCCUCCACAAACUACUAGCUGAUGACAUCAUCUUUUCUACCCUCAAAGCCAGUGCUGCAAUGGGAUACCUCGCUCCCGAGUACACCACAACUGGACGAUUCACCGACAAGAGUGACAUUUACGCAUUUGGGACGCUCGUGUUCCAAAUCGUCUCAGGGAAAACGAGAAUCGGUUCGUCUAUUCGCCAAGGUGCCGAGGUAUGCAAGUUUGAUGACUUUGUGGAUGCUAAUCUUGAUGGGAAAUUCACAGAGUCUGAGGCAGUUUUGCUUGGGAAAAUUGCAUUGAUCUGCACUCAUGAGCAUCCAAACUCGAGGCCCACGAUUGCAACCGUGGUUCAAGAACUAAAUAAUGUUGGUUCCGCCCACUGAUCGGUAGUUAUAUAUGGUUCGAGUUUCUCACUCGAACUGGUUAGUAGUUAGGUUCAUGUUUGACUUCACCUUUGGAAUGAUCGUCCGAUGUGGGCUUGUUGUCUAGGUUUGUAAUUUGGUUUAGUUUUCGACUUUAACUGUAGUUGGACUAAGAUUUUUUUAUUUCGUAAGUAAAUUUCUUAAAUCCUAAGCGGUACACAAAUUUUACCGCAUGGUAUUCGUUGUUUAGAAUGUGAGAAUGUUAGCUCUAUAAUGUUUAUGUUCUAUAUUAUGAGUAGUGUGUUAUUGGGAGGAA